UAUUUAGCGAUGUCUGAUUUAGAAUGAUGUAUUUUUGUUGUUUUUAAAAAAUACACUUACAAUAAUACUAAUAAGUUAAAAUCCAUCUGAAGCAAUAAUCAGCUGACGACUGAUCCGAUGACGUCACACAACAAAAAAAAGCUUUAUUAUAAUAUUUUUCCUUAAAUCAUGUUUUAAUACAGUCAUCAUUGCCAGAGUGGUAUAGAACGGACAGCAGUUAUUGAGAUUUCACACGGCGUCAAUUUUUCGACAACAGCUCAAUCCUGUUCUAGUUCUAGUAGUACAUCCAUGGUUUUUACACAUCCCUACUAAAUUGUCAAAUGAAUUGUCAAACUGAUUAUUCAGACAAAGUAUAGGUUUUUGUGGAUUAUUGACAUUUUUUAAGAGUAAAUAUGAUUUUAAUUCUGUUUAUAUUUGAGAGCUGAGACAUAUUAAAUGUAACGAAGUGAUAUUGACAAUAUUUCUGUUCCAAAAAAUCAUAGUCAGUGACUUCUAUGUUAUUGUGGGUCGAGUACUUGGAAGUAUAGCAAACCUGCUGUGUGUGUGUGCUUGUAGUAAAUUAAAUAAAGACUUGUGGCGAAAUUGACGUAAUUUUCAUCAAGUUCGUGCAUGAAUUUAAUAACAAAAUGCAGAACGAACAUCGCAAGGCAAUACAGAAUAAUUUUGGGUCGCUGGUGGAGCAAACUGACCUUGACAUGAUGGUUUCGGCUCUGUACGAAAAAGGUGUAUUUUCUGAACAAAUGAUCGAACCUUUUAAAGACACAAACAAGGAUACAAGGACUAGAAAGCGUCAAUUAUACAUGGACAUAAUGAGACGAGGGCCUGAUGCAUUCGGACACCUCCUAGAAGUGUUGGAGGAGAAUGGCUACUGGAACUUGGUGCGCGAAUUGGACCCUGCCAGCUCCUUGCACCUGCAGCCCAGGACUACAUACAAUACUCAAGAUUCCAAAAGCGGGGAGAACAACUAUGUCAGCAUAAGAACAGAGAAAAAGAGAACCAAGUCUAAUGUUGAAGCUACCAAGAAUGAGAUUCUGGCUGCAUCUUCUGCAAGUCACAAGGAAGGCACGGACCCCUCGGUAGACAUUCCAUAUUUCCAUGUUGUUAAAUCUAAAGAGUUUUUUGAAGAUAAUGAGGAUAAGGACAUAAAGUUGUACAAGACGCGGGGGCGCCAGCGCGGCAUCCUGGUCAUCUUCAGCUACAUUCAGUUCUGCAACGACAUUGAGGUGUACCGCAAGGGCGUCGACAUCGACUGCAAGAAGCUCAAGUACCUCUUUGAUGAGAUCGGCUUCUCUGUCAUCGCAUAUCAGAACCUCACCAAGCAGGAGACGGAGACGACGCUGAAGCGGCUGGAGGAGGUGCUGGUGGGCACAGAGUGCGUGUUCAUCGUGGUAUCGUCGCACGGGUACGAGCGCGCGCCGCGCAGCGCAGAGACCGACAUCCGCUGCUCCGACGGACAGCUGCUGUCCUUCCUUGACAUCGUGGAGCGCUUCAACAACGUCAACCUGCCCGCGCUGCGCGGCGUGCCCAAGGUGUUCAUCUCGCAGCUCUGCCGGGGGCGCAACGAGGAGUGGACGGUGGCGCCGCGGGCGCGUGCAGCGGGUGCGGCGGGGGGCGCGGGGGACGGCGCGGUGGGCGCAGUGGGCGCGGCGGGUGCGCGGGGCGCGGCGGGCGCGCGGGUGGAGAGCGACGGCGCGAGCUGGGAGGAGCCGCUGGAGCAGCAGGCGGACCGCAUAUACUCCGACAUCCUCAUCGGCCACUCCACGGUGCCCGGUUUCGUGUCGCACCGAGACCCGGAGAAGGGGUCGUGGUACAUCCAGGCGCUGUGCGAGGUGUUCGCUGCGCGCGCGCACGACUGCCACGUGGAGAAGCUGUUCACGCUGGUGGACGAGCGCAUGUACGACCACUUCCAGGUGCAGACCUCCUCCGUGGAGAAGUGGGGCUUCAACCGCCGCCUCUACCUACAUCCCGGACUCUACCAGGACUGACCGCACACGCUGCACACACUCCAGAUGCAUCCAAUUAUAUUUCAAGAUCUGAUCAGGUUACAUCUCUGUCCAAUGUAAUUGUCCAUUUCAUUAAUAAGUUAUUUCAUUUUAGCAAUUAUUAUAUAAAAUUUGUAAGACCAAUUAAUUUAACAUAUUGAAUAAUUUGAGUUGACGUAGAUUGUCUAAGUUACAAACUUACGCACAACAUAGCAAACGUCGUGUUCUGUUGGAAUCUAAUAAAAGAUCUACAACGUGCCAAUAAAAGUAGCCGUAGUUAUGAAAAUACGUAUUGUUUUGAAGAUAAUCAAGUUAAUUGUGUAUUUCAUUAAAUGUUGUUACGUCAAUGUGAUAUGUACAUAAACGACCAUUUCAUAAAGUAAUAGAUAUUAUAUUCCAGUCCAGUAUUAAAAAAGAAAUUUCCUUCCAAAACAUUAUAUACUGUAAGUUUUAUCUUAUGUAAAAGAAUUUCAUAAUGACAAAUACCAUGUUAAAAUAAUUAUGAUCAGUAUAUUUUAUUCAAAUUGGCUCAGAGGGGAUUAACACAUUCACUGCCACUGAUUCGGUUAGCUCAUUGUCAUACGUAAGAAUCGUAGUGGCAUCAAAUGUGUUUAGAUAAUUCUCUAUGACACUUGCUAAGAAAUUGUAACAUGUUCACUGCCAGCUUAUUGACUUUAUACACAAUAUUUGAUAUGCAACUGUGAUAUAUUUAGUUUUAAAUGGUUACCAGGCAACAACAAAGAUCCAAGGAUGUUUGGUUUUUAUAUUUAUAAACAUAAGGAUAUAGUUCUAGUACAAGUUUUUUUAAUGUUUUCGAGAAAUGCAACUUCUUCCUAAACAUUUGCUAAAACAAAUGUUAAUUACGUAAUUAUUAUUUUAGGAUGAAUUUAUAGACAAUAAUGUAAGUGAAUAUAUCAUAUUUUUAUUAAUUUG